CUUGGGCCAACCGCCAGCUCUGCUGCUGCAAGCCUGCAACUAUACAUGCCCGCAUGUCACUGUCAUUUCUUCUCCUCCUCUCAUAGUCUGCAGCUACUUAUCCACUCUUCCUGGAAAGAUCAACAGACGCCAUCUCCAAUCCACAAGCUAGAUCUGGUCGAUCGCCCAUGCAUGGCUUCCCUGGGCAUGCUUACCAUCAACUCCACUCCACAUGCCUCGCGGGGCGGCGGGCCACGACCUGACGUCGCCGUGCCCAGGCCGAGAUCCUACUUCCUCUGCCAAAGCCAGCCGCCGGCCCGCGGCGGAGGCGGGGGAGGAGGAGGAGGGAAGAAGGGCCCGUGGUGGGCUGCCACGGCCGAGAGGCUGCGCGGCGACGUGGUGAAGGCGGGCAUGGCGGCGCGGGAGAGCCUGAGCCCCAAGCGGAAGGGCGACUGGAAGGACGUCACGCUGAUGAGCUUCUCCUUCGCCGUGUACGUGUACAUCUCCCAGAAGCUCGUCUGCACGUACUGCGCGUGGCUCUCCAUGAUCAAUCGCUAACUUGAUGCUGUAUAUAGUUGUCUAUACCGGUACCUAUGAUUGUUUUUUUAGACGCAUAUGGAGGCUGUAAUAUAUUUUGCUCCAAUAAAGCUGCACCUGUUACUGUUG